CCAUAGGAAUUUCAGGAUUCUUCCAUGAAUUUGAGAACUAGUUGCUCCAGGUACAGUGACAAUGAAUUUUCCUGUGAAUUUCCUUACAAGCAUACUAGUCUACAUAGUAAUCCAUGAAUCUGAAUCUUUGAAAUUACCCAAAGUAGAGAGAUCCUUGACGAAAAAUGGUUUCCAUAGAGAGCUAGCAACAGAGAUAACCUUUGAAAAAUCUCUAUUUAAAAAUGUGUCCAACUGUGAUGUGAUGCUAUUAGAGUUACUUCCCCCUGGUGCUUAUAUUGAUCCAUUCCAGUUACGAUCACUUCGGGAGUUUGGUGGGCCUAAGUUCCUCAGUGAUCCAGUUGAUGUAGAACAGCCAGAAUAUCUUGCUCCAUCCUUGAACAUUUCCUUGUAUACAUCUCCUCUGAGUGAUGCAACUGACAAACAGGAUUUUCUGAUGACCAGCGUCACCAUACCAAUACACCUCCGGUAUCACAGACCAUCAUCGAGUGACGAGUACACAUCUGUUAUCAUACAAAACCCAUUGCUUCUUCUAUCCUGUACACAAAAAGAUUACAUUGGGGCAGUGAUUGGUGAAGAGGAGCUCCCUUGUACAAGUGCCACAUUGAUCAAAUGUAAAUGGACAGUGGUCAAAUACCUGUCAGAUGUUGAUGCGAUUGAAGUAACAGUGCCAGUAGGUCAAACAAGCCACACAUUGCUAGUGGUAGUAGGAACACUAAUAAUGACAGUCGCUGGAUCUUUAGUCAUUUUAUUGAAAACAUUCAAUUUUAAUUAUGGAAUAAAAGAAAAGAUCAGUUAAGUUCAGAAA